GUCGGUGUGUAAAGGCGCUACAUAUUAGAAAAGAGACCUCCAGUUUUUGAACACCACACUGUUCUUACCUACUGGCCCUCCACCCCACACACACGAAGAGAGAGAGAACCACAGAAGUUAUGUUCCCUCUCCAUGCAACCCUCUUGGCCGUAUUGGUCAGCGUAGCCCUGUGCCAGUAUGACGACUAUGACUACCGGCCUGCUUCCAUGCUAGGACCCUCAGGGCCCAACUGUGAUCAAGAAUGCGACUGCCCAAUCAACUUCCCCACCGCCAUGUAUUGUGACAGCCGCAAGCUCAAGGUUGUUCCCAUGGUCCCAAAAGGGAUCAAGUACCUGUACCUCCAGAACAACAAGAUAGAAGAGAUCAGGGCAGGGGUAUUUGAUAAUGUUACUGAUGAACUUCGCUGGCUGGUACUUGACAAAAACCAGAUUACCAAUGCUAAGAUAGCAAAGGGCACAAUCGACAAGCUCACAGCCCUGGAGAAGUUAUUCUUCAGCUACAACAACCUGACAGAGCCAGUCAUCCCUCCCUCAAAGUUCCUUAAUGAGCUGAAGAUGAUGCACAACAAGAUAUCCAAGUUCCCCUCUGGACUCUUGGCUGACAAGGAGAACUUGACUUCCGUUCACCUUCAGCAUAAUCAACUAAGUUCCGAAGCCAUCGGGGGAGCAUUCAAAGGGUCAAAGAAGCUGCUGUCCCUGGAUAUGAGCAACAACAAGCUGAAGAAGCUGCCAGCUGGAGUCCCAAGUUCACUGGAAAUCCUCUACGCUGACCACAACGACAUUGACAGUGUAGGUGCCGGAUACCUGAGCAAGCUGUCCUCGCUGCAGUACCUGAGAAUCUCCCACAACAAGCUGGUGGACUCGGGACUCCCUGCUGGAGUGUUCAAUGUGACUUCGCUGGUGGAGCUGGACCUGUCUUUCAACAAACUGCAGUCCAUCCCCGAGAUCAACGAGCAAUUGCAGCAACUCUAUCUCCAGGCCAACGACAUCAACAAGUUUGAACUGACAAGUUUCUGCAAGCUCAUCACACCCGUCAACUUUUCCCACCUGAAGCAUCUGCGUCUGGACGCCAACCAAAUCACACAUGGCAGCAUGCCCCCUGAGUACUCCACCUGCCUGCGCCAUGCUUCAGAUAUCAUGUUUGACUAAGGACCUCCCUCAAAUAACCUUGCCAUGACCUCCUUCUCCACUACCAUUACACAGCUCAGCCCAAAGCCUUCUGGGUUUGAAUGGCGUAACAUCCCUCCUGUCUUAGUACUCAGAUGUCCUUGCAUAUCAGUAUUUUGCAAAUCUUAGGUACUUUAAUGGCAUCUUCAUCAAUUAAAUAUAUAUCUUGAAUGAAUCAAGAGCUGGGCAGUCAGAUUGUUAAAUUCAUCAGGCAAUUCAACAAGCGUUUUUAAAUAUUUGACUCUAGACAUGAAUGAAUAUUAUCAAUGUUCAAAUAAACAUGAAGGCAACAAAAGAGAGGGAAGAAAUAUAGAACAUAUAAAAAGGACCAACGGUUCUGUAAAUAGAAAUGUAUUCACAUGCGCUUUGAUUGAAAACACACAUUUUAAACAUUCCAAACUUGUAUUUGAUGAUAUUGAAGACGGACACAAUGGAGUAAACAAUGGCUCCAAUGUCUCAAUUCAGUUGUCAAUCGUCAUUUUGUUGUCGGUCUUGUAUGUUCCAAUGUUUAGCAUGUAUAAUAAAAGGUGGGUACAAUAAUGAAUCCAUUGCUGUGCAAAGGACCAGCAAAUAGGGGCCGCGUACUUAGAUUUCAGUGUAUAAUGCCUAAUGUAAGAAAUGAUGAACAAAUGUAAAAGCGAUUACAUUUUUCAAAAUCUUGAAUGAAUCAGAGUGCUUUUCAGUAAAAUACCAGUGUUAUUUACUUGUGUCUGCCGAUGUAUGCCUUCUUUAAAUAGGGUGCCUUGAUGCAAAUACCAUGAUGUUCCACUGAUUGACUUCUUUGAACUACAAUGUAAAAAAUGUAUACACAUACCCAACUGGGAAAUGUCAAUUUCUUAUUGGAAAUAACUCCUUUAAUUCCAAUCGAGGGAGGACCAAACUGUUCCUCAAGUACUUGGUGUCAAAGAGUUUAAUAAAUGACACUUGAUUUAAAGAGUAUGCUUAGCUAAACCUUGAGAUGAUAUUUCCAAGAAAUUACCAGUCAAACUGUGUUUUUUUUUACCGUACCUAAUUCCCAGCUGUCAACUUAAAUGUGCAUCGCUGAUUUGUAUACAUUUGCAUUAUUUGCAUGCAACCAAUGGUACCACUCUUUCAUAAUAAACUCUAGCUUUUGCAGUUGCGGUGCUGUCAUUGUUACGUUGUUGUUCACUAUGUAUGAUAAAUGCUUCUUGCCACUACAAAAUAAACUUGGCAGCAGUGUCAUGUUGGUUGAAGUAA